CUCGGGGGUGAAAGAAAAGAGAUGAAAGACAAUGAGAAUGGAAAAAACAACGUCGACGCCCUCACAACGACGCUAUUCCACCACGCCUAUAAAACCCCGUGGAUCAGCAGCGUGCCCGACAUUAUUCCGCUGCGGAGUCUCGAGGAACGACGUAUCCGCGAUGAUCGUCACCGGGAAUCCCGUUAGCCGCGCAACCACCGUCUGCAUCCUGGCCCUGCUGCUCUGCUUGAGCUCUCGCGUUUCCGGUGAAUACGAAUCGAGGGAGACGAGCCCGAACGGCGGAUCGAGCGACGGCAGAACGCCGAGCAACAAUUUCGGUUCGUGUAUCGAGGGCAAGUGUAUCAAGCGUACCACGCAGGAUAUCACCAGCGGCAUGUGGUUCGGCCCGCGUUUAGGAAAGAGACGCAGGUCGGAAGAGAAGCAGGAAGUGAGCCCCGAGAUCGAGGUCCUGGCGAACACGUUAGACGGCGCGCGUUGGGCGGUCAUCACGAUUCCGGCCAGCGACAAGAGACAACCUCAAUUUACACCGCGUCUGGGACGAGGCUCGAGUGAGGAUCUGUUUUCUUACGGGGAUGCGUACGAAGUCGACGAGGACGACCGUUCGUUACCGCCGAUAUUCGCGCCUCGUUUAGGGCGUCGGCUUCCCUGGAUACCGUCGCCGAGGCUUGGACGUCAAUUACGCAACGCAUUACGGAAACUGUAGGCAUUAUCUGAUAAAAGCUAGAAGAUCAUUGAAAGUUGAGGAAUGAAAGUAUCUCGUAGAUUUGUGCGAUUGUGAGGACCUUGACGAAACGACGACCACAAUUACAGCAUUAUUAUACGUAUAAGACAUAGAGAAAUAAAGUAUAUUUGUAUUGCCAAAACUAGCUGUCCUUUCCCUCGUACCUUAAAAAUUAUUCCGUGUUUGUUAAAGUGUUUGUGACACGAAAUUCAACAUAAUUUUUAAAUUAUCGAUAUCCAGGCUAAAUAUGGUAUUGCAACAAAAGGCUUGCAUUUCCUUUUUCAUUCAAUUGCGAUUAUUGUUGUUAUUGUAGGCGAUUAUUUUAUGAACAAAAUAAGAGUGCAGGGAUAACAAGUAAAAAUUUUAUAUAAUAUAUCAAAUUACACAGAUUUUUCGAUAAACGUAAAAU